ACAGCGGCCCCGCCUGCGCCGGCGGGGAGCGGCGGUGGCCCGUGGCCGCUCCGGGGUGGGCGCAGCCCCGCGAGGGGAGCCCGUCAUCCCGCGGCCGCGGCGGGAGGAGCGCGGCUGACGCGGCACGGCGGAGGAAGCGGCAGCUCCAGCGGGCGGACGAGCGGACGGACGGACGGACGGACAUCCCCGGCCCGCCCCGGCCGGCGGAGGGACGGAGGGCCGGAGGGAGGCAGGAUACAUCUUCCUGCUUUGAUAACAUGAUGGAAUUCAGAUUUUCUCAAGAAAAGCUGCGGAUCUUGGAGCAGCACCGUUGACGAGACCUCCUGAUUGCAGCACCCAGAGCAGGGUCCUGUAACGAAUUUGUCCCAAGAAACGUACAAUGGAUCUCAAAGAGAGCUGCCCAAGUGUUAGCAUUCCCAGCUCUGAUGAACACAGAGAGAAGAAAAAGAGAUUUACUGUUUACAAAGUGUUGGUCUCUGUUGGCAGAAAUGAGUGGUUUGUCUUUCGACGGUAUGCGGAGUUUGAUAAACUCUACAAUACGCUAAAGAAGCAAUUUCCCACCAUGAACCUGAAGAUUCCAGCUAAAAGAAUAUUUGGAGAUAAUUUUGAUCCUGAUUUUAUUAAACAGAGAAGAGCAGGACUGAAUGAAUUCAUUCAAAAUUUAGUUAGACAGCCAGAGCUAUGCAACCACCCAGAUGUCAGAGCAUUUCUUCAGAUGGAUAACCCAAAACACCAGUUAGAUCCAUCUGAAGAUGAAGAUGAAAGGAGCAGUCGGAAGUUAAACUCUACCUCACAGAAUAUCAACCUGGGACCAUCUGGAAAUCCUCAUGCUAAACCAACAGACUUUGAUUUCCUGAAAGUUAUUGGGAAAGGCAGCUUUGGCAAGGUUCUUCUUGCAAAACGAAAACUGGAUGGGAAAUACUAUGCUGUCAAAGUGUUGCAGAAAAAAAUUGUUCUCAAUAGGAAAGAGCAAAAACAUAUUAUGGCUGAACGUAAUGUGCUUUUGAAAAAUGUGAAACAUCCAUUUUUGGUUGGACUACAUUACUCAUUCCAAACAACAGAAAAGCUUUACUUUGUCCUGGAUUUUGUUAAUGGAGGAGAGCUGUUCUUUCACUUACAAAGAGAACGUUCCUUUCCUGAGCACAGAGCCAGAUUUUAUGCUGCUGAAAUAGCCAGUGCACUGGGCUACUUACACUCCAUAAAUAUAGUCUACAGGGAUUUAAAACCAGAAAACAUUCUCCUAGAUUCACUAGGUCAUGUUGUCUUGACAGACUUUGGACUUUGUAAAGAAGGGAUUGCAACUUCUGAUACCACUGCAACUUUCUGUGGGACCCCAGAAUAUCUUGCACCAGAAGUCAUUAAAAAGCAGCCCUAUGACAACACAGUAGACUGGUGGUGCCUUGGUGCAGUUCUUUAUGAAAUGCUUUAUGGGCUGCCUCCUUUUUACUGCCGUGAUGUUGCUGAGAUGUACGAUAAUAUUCUUCAUAAGCCCCUGGUUUUGCGCCCAGGAAUCAGUCUUACAGCCUGGUCUAUCCUGGAAGAACUUUUGGAGAAAGAUAGGCAAAGCAGACUUGGAGCAAAGGAGGACUUUCUUGAAAUCCAAAAGCACCCGUUCUUCGAAUCUCUCAGCUGGACUGAUCUUCUUCAGAAGAAGAUUCCGCCACCAUUUAAUCCUAAUGUGGUUGGACCAGACGAUAUUGGGAAUUUUGAUGCAGUGUUCACAGAAGAAAUGGUUCCAUACUCAGUUUGUGUUUCUUCUGACUACAACAUUGUUAAUGCCAGUGUCCUAGAGGCAGAUGAUGCAUUUGUGGGAUUUUCUUACGCACCACCCUCUGAAGAUGGGUUUUCCUAGGGACUUAGAAGCCAAGAGUGGUUUGGAAGUCUUGGGUUGAACUGAAAUGUUAGGGUUAUGGACACAUUCCAAAAUAGCGUAAAUAGUGCCUCGUCUUGUAUGUAGGUUUGAAACCUAUGAACAAACUUUCUCUGCUGUAUAGGAAGAAUUUGGGCAUUUUGGAUGGCUUUCUUUGGGGUUUGAACUGUUUGUUCCUGCUGCAGAAAAUAUUUUUUAAAACCUUUAAAAAGCAUUCUCUAUGUAUUUUUUAAGCAAAAACACUGACUGUUCUCCUCAAUCCCUUUGAGUUUACAUUCAUACCUAUCUAAUUUGGCUGGCACAAACAGCAGCAAAUUUAGUAAAUUUAUAAAUGCUUUUGUACUUAUUUACAGUGACUUUGUGCUUGAAUUGUAACUAUGCAAAUUGUCUUUUGUAUAUCCUGGUUUAAAAAAAGUUAAAUGUUUUCCCUGUUACCAGUUUGGAGUAUGUGUUAAUUUACCUGUCAGCACUUAAAUGAUACAUGUUGAGGACCAAGAUUCUUAAAGGACUUCUGCAGAACAAAAACUUGGUCACAUAAAACUGGAUUGUUGCUCUUGUACUUGCUGAAGUGUACCUAUUGACUCAACUGGAUUAUCUGAGGUAUGGGCGAUUACUCAAAGCAAGGACAGAACAAAUUAACUGGAUUGAUUUGAUAACAUUACUUAUUACGUGUUCUACUUUUCUUUCUUCCCUGAGCUAAGUAUGUCUAUACUUCAACUACAUUAAAAAUAUUUUUGGU